UUGCACUACACUCUAGAGAGAGAGAGAGAGAGAGGAAAAGGACGUUGUUCUGGGCUUCUAAGGCUUUGAAAAUGGUGAAUGAGUAAUUAAAGUUUCUCAGAAAACUUGUCAUAUGUGGAAUGGAUAUGGCAGUAGAUGUGUUUCCUAGGACAAAAUCAAAAUCUAGGAAUAGAAAAUUUUGUUUUGUUGAUGGAAGAAGACAACACAAAUGUGAACAAACACAAACAAGGAAACAACAAAGUUUCUCAAACAUGGAUUUUAGAUGGUGUUUGAGCACCCCAAUCAUUUCCCUCCUUGUACAUUUUCUUCUCGUUGCUUCUUCUGUUUGUCCUGUUUAUUCUUCACAAAUGGGUACCCACCAAAUUUCCAAUCAGACUUUUCGACCAGAGGAAGAGUUUCACAAGUUGAAGACCAUAAGAAUUCGCCUUCAACAGAUCAACAAACCCGCUCUUAAGACAAUUCAGAGUCCUGAUGGUGAUAUACUAGACUGUGUUGUGUCUCAUAAGCAACCAGCUUUUGAUCAUCCUCUAUUGAAAGGACAGAAACCGAUGGAUCCUCCAGAAAGACCCAGAGGCCACAAGGAAAUGGGUGAUUUCAGUGAGAACUUUCAGUUGUGGAGCUUAUCUGGUGAAUCAUGCCCCGAAGGAACAAUUCCAAUUAGAAGAACAACAAAACAAGACAUGUUAAGAGCUAGCUCUAUUAGCAGUUUUGGAAGAAAAAUAAUAAGACGUGUUAGAAGGGACACAAGCGGCGAUGGACAUGAGCAUGCAGUUGGGUAUGUGACAGGGGAUCAAUACUAUGGAGCAAAGGCUAGCAUAAACGUGUGGGCACCCCUUGUGGAAAAUCAAUAUGAAUUCAGUUUGUCACAAAUGUGGGUCAUUUCUGGUUCAUUUGGGGAUGAUCUCAACACCAUUGAAGCUGGUUGGCAGGUCAGCCCGGAGCUCUAUGGGGACAGCUACCCUAGAUUCUUUACUUAUUGGACAACUGAUGCAUAUCAAGCAACUGGGUGCUACAAUUUACUUUGCUCAGGGUUUGUUCAAACUAACAGCAAAAUUGCAAUUGGAGCUGCAAUCUCUCCAACUUCUUCGUAUAAUGGUGGACAAUUUGAUAUUAGCUUACUCAUUUGGAAGGAUCCAAAGCAUGGGAAUUGGUGGCUUGAAUUUGGAUCCGGGGUCCUAGUUGGGUACUGGCCAUCCUUCUUGUUCACUCACUUAGGGGAUCAUGCAAGUAUGGUUCAAUUUGGUGGAGAAAUAGUGAAUUCAAUGUCAUCAGGUUCUCACACUUCAACCCAAAUGGGUAGUGGACAUUUUGCAGGGGAGGGUUUUGCAAAAGCUUCAUACUUUAGGAAUUUGCAAGUUGUGGAUUGGGAUAACAACUUGAUUCCCUUGUCGAAUCUCAGGGUCCUAGCAGACCACCCAAAUUGUUAUGACAUACAAGGAGGGGUUAAUAAUGCAUGGGGAAAUUACUUUUACUAUGGUGGACCUGGCAAGAAUGUGAAGUGUCCCUAAGGGAAUGAAUGAUAUAGACUUAUAGUCGAUAGAGGUGAACCUUUCUUUUUUCUUUUUUCUUUUUGCCAUUUCUGGGUUUGGGUGAUAUGGGUUUUUCUCUCUAGCUCUCAGCGAACUUAGGUCAUUUAUUCUUAUAUUUAAAUUAAAGUUCUUAUUUGUUGAUAUUUCUUUUUCCUUUUUAUUUUUAUACUAACAGAUCAUCCAUUGGUCGUACCAUUACAACUU